CUCUCUACGAAAACACUUUCGGGAAGAAUAAAGUUUUUCCCCCCCUCACACGGACCUGUGCUCAGCCAGUCUUUACUCAGAGCCAAACCGUGGCCUAGCAGGAAGAACGGCUCGACUAUGUGGAGAAAGAAACGGGCACUUGGGGAAACCGUGGCUUGUCUCGUAUUUCUGGUGACGCUCUCCGAUGCUUAUCGAUUCCUGAGCCAGAGCACAGCUUCCCACUUCCUGAGCAGGCACAGGAGAGCCAACUCUCUGUUUGAGGAGAGCAAGAAGGGCAACCUAGAAAGGGAGUGCAUUGAGGAGUUGUGCAACAAGGAGGAGGCCAGGGAGAUCUUCGAGAACCAGCCGGAGACAGAAUACUUUUACCCCAAGUAUGUUGUGUGCCUGGGUUCACACCGUGUCGGCAUCAGCAACCACAACUCAGAUUCUGCCAUCCCAUCGGACCUUCGCACCUGUGUGACAGAGAUCAGUAAUCAGUGCACACCGUUUCCAUGCUACAAGGAGGGUUCGGAGCGCUGCGUGGAUGGCCAGGCCUCCUUCACAUGUGUUUGUAAGCCAGGCUGGAAGGGGCCACGCUGCGAGAAUGACAUUGAUGAAUGUUCAGAUCCAGAGUUUCCAGCAGGAUGUAACCAGAAAUGUUACAACAUCCCUGGUAGCUUCCACUGCAGGUGUGACGAGGGCUUCUUCAUCAGUGAUAAAGUCAACUGCGUGGAUCACAAUGAAUGCCUGAUGUUCCCCAGUAUUUGUGAACACCCGGCUAAAUGUGUCAACACACCGGGCAUGUACGAGUGUCAGUGUCCCGCAGGAUUCAAGUACAACUUCACUUCAAAAACCUGCGAUGAUGUGGACGAGUGCGAGCUGAAUGUGUGUGAUGGCAUUUGUAUAAACUCAGUGGGCAGCUACACUUGCCACUGUGACGGCCGUAAGGGUCUUCGUUUGGGGGAGGAUGAGCGAUUCUGCCAAAGUAUCCCAGUUUGUGUCGAGCUCUAUGACUAUAAACAUCCUGAGAUGCUUUACCUGGGCGAGCAAUUCACAGGGCUUCCUGUCAUUUAUCUACGUUUUCGUCUGCCAGAGAACACAAAGUUUGCAGCAGAGUUUGACUUUCGCACAUUUGAUCCGGAGGGAGUCGUUUUGUAUGCUGAGUCCUCUCAGGACUCAUGGUUCAUGCUGGGGCUGAGGGGAGGUCACAUUGAAGUCCAGUUCAAAAACCAGCACACAUUCAAGGUUACCAGUGGAGGCAAAGCCAUUAAUGAUGGACAGUGGCAUGUGAUCUCUGUGGAUGAACUGGAGAGCAGCAUCAGCGUGAAGAUCAGCAAGGAAGCUGUAAUGAGCAUCAACAGCCCUGACAGUCUCUUUACUUCAGUUAAUGGCAAACUGGAGACCAAGGUCUACAUCGCUGGUCUGCCCAAUCGCACUGACAACGUCAUCAAACCUAUCAAUCCUCGACUUGAUGGCUGCAUCCGGGGAUGGAACCUGAUGAACCAGGGGGCAUCUGGGGUAAAGGAGGUUAUCCAGGAGAAGGAGAGUAAACACUGCUUUGUGUAUGUUGAACGAGGAUCUUUCUUCACUGGUGCAGGACUGGCACACUUCAACAUUGACUACAGUGAGUCUGGGAGCUGGAAUGUGGAUGUGAGUAUGAACAUACGUCUGUCCAGCAGCACAGGGGUCCUCUUUGCUCUUGUCCACAACAACACAGUUCCCCUAUCGGUCGCUGUGGUAACGCAGGGAGACGACGAUGCUAACCUUCAAGUAUUCUUAGACGGUGUUUCCGUGGCAAAGCUGGACACUUUCAUGUUUUGUUACCCCGACCGGCUGACGGUGCAGCUGAAUGUAACUUCAACAGGAAUCCAAAUCUCAGCCAACUCCUCCACUGUGACCUACAUGGAGUCUAAUGCCCUGCAGGAGGCACUGGAGCGCCUCAACUCCACCAUGCAGAACUCCGUCAGCACCUACAUUGGGGGGAUACCAGACAAUGUCCCAUUACCUGCUACCCCUGUGACGGCCUUUUAUCACGGCUGCAUGGACAUCACAGUCAGCGGCCACCAACUGGACUUUGACGAGGCACUCGGCAAACAUAACAGUAUUAAGUCUCAUUCCUGUCCUCCAGCCUCUGCCCCUGAGACUCAUGGUGACGCACCCCGCCCACACAGAAAGUGACCUUAAUUAACAACCAGAACUAUUUUGAAAGCCGUCACAUUAGACAGCGUCCCACAGUGCCCUCUUCUUGGGAUAUUUUGGAAGAGGAAUUCUAGGAGAAGAGAUGUGAUGGAGGAAAGUGAGAAAAAAGUGACAAGAAUAGGAGAUAAUGGUAGAAAGUUAUAGUCACUUUCUCUAAUGGGUUUAUGAUAAGAUUUGACACAUGCUUUUCAUCCGCACAGUAUUAUUGUCAAUUUCCUGGGAGCAUUUUGUUCAGUUUUGUUUUUGGUGUUUUUAGUGAGGUACGACGAAAGCUGGCUUGGCAGUGAGCUAGUCAGAAGCUGGAUUGCAAGAUGACGUAGUUGUAGCAGUUGGUUGCAAUGAAUUAUACAAUUUCCAAGAAACGUUGAAAAAGAGCUGAGCUCUGUUUCACACGUACCAUGUGUUGAGCAAGAGAUGGUUAUGUUUGUGUAGAGAAAUAAACAAAUGGUUGCUGCUGACCAGGCUUUGAGACCACCUGCAUCUUUUUCCCUGUUGUUGAAUCAUGGUACUGUGUGGAAUUCUCUUUCAUCCUAGUCAUUUGGAGUAAGAUGUCUGGACACAAUUAGUUAGAAUAAACAUUGUAAAUCUUCUAGAUGGCUGUGAAAACUGUGCCUCCAAACUUUCAACACAAUUGUUUUACACUUUCUUGGUUGAGUUAGCGUCCCUUAUUGUAGGUCUGCCUUCAAAUCUUGUUGGAUUGCUUUAGAAACCUUAAACAUUGUUGGUUGUUUCACCGCUGUUGCCUGCAUGUAAGCCAGAAUCCAUCGUGGUCGUGGCCAGAUGCAUUCCUUGCAAGAUCAUCGACAACCUGUGUGCAUCUAUUUUUCUCCUUGUCUUCAGGAUUUUCUCGAUGUCCUAUGUUCAGAGUUUGCCUUGUAUAUAAACAAGCCCUCUUUAAUAUAUAACUUAAUGUAGUUGUUCUGUUUAUUUUGUGUUUCUUUUAAUAAAAUUGGUCAAAGCAA